CUUCUUGGAUUUUUGUUGAUUUGUUUGUUUGUUAAGGCAGGAUCUCACUGUGUAGCUCAGGCUGGCCUGGAACUCACUAUGGAGACCAGGCUAGUCUCAAACUCACAGAGAUUGACUUGCUUCUGCCUGCCGAGUACUGGGGACAAGAAAUGUGCCACCAUACACCCACACACUUUCACUUGUUUUAGCAACAAAGGACUUUUAUUUCUCUUCCUCAUCUGCCUCAGAUCCCCACCCCCUUCACGGUAGACAUCUCCCUAUUAGCCAAGAAGAGUCUGUUUUAGGGUCUCCAUCCCAUCAGUUUCUCCUGAUUAAAAACAUGCAGGGCAGGGCAGUGAGUAGGGAGGAGGAGAUGAAGGCAGGUCAGCGCUGGCCUGUUCCUACCCACUCGCAAACUUCCAUCAGGAGUGCGUAUGUACUAAUAUGGUUCAGCGGGAUGAUUGUGAAAAUGCAAAUGUAUUACAGUGGGGCUUUUGGAUAUAACUGGAUCUGUGUAAUUUUUUGUCUGUGAGCAUACAUUCAUGGGCGUGACUUUAUGAGGUUACAUGACCAACGUAUGACUGUGAAUGUGUGGCUAUGGGUGUGAGUGUAAAUGACUAUCAGGAGACACCACAGUGGAUCAUGGCUGUCCUGAGCUUCUGUAACAUCAGCCCCCUUACAUCACUCGCUAGCUCUCUCUCAUCUUCUCUGUUCAGGGCCUAGAAGCCCAUGGGGGGAAACGGCAGUCCAGGAAGGGGAUAGGGUCACUGAUGACAGGCCAGAAGUUAGAGAGCUCAGCAUCACAAGAUAAGCAGGGCAUCUACACCUGUGUCUGACUCACUGAGUGCCUGAGGCAAAGCACAGCUAGAUAAAAGCUAAGGGAGCAGAGGAGAAAGAAAGAAAGGAGGAAACCUCUAGGCUGAGCAGUAUGGAGGGACUCUCCCCCACUGGCAGCCUCCUGCUGAUACUGUUGCUUCUGAGCCCAGCUCCCGAAGCAGCCUUGCCGCUGCCCUCCAGCACUAGCUGCUGUACUCAGCUCUAUAGACAGCCACUCCCAAACAGGCUGCUGAGGAGGAUCGUCCGUGUGGAACUGCAGGAGGCUGAUGGGGACUGUCACCUUCAGGCUGUUGUGCUCCACCUGGCUCGGCGCAGUGUUUGCGUUCAUCCCCAGAACCGCAGCCUGGCUCGGUGGUUAGAGCGCCAAGGGAAAAGGCUCCAGGGGACUAUACCCAGUUUAAAUCCGGUACUACAAAAGAAAAUGUACUCGAGCCCCCAACAGCAAAACUAAUAAAGCAACAUUAGACAACAGUC